AACAACAAUAUUAGUGCCAAUAUCUAUUUUUCAAUUGUUUUGAUUUUGCUGGAAAGGAAGUUGAAAAUAUGCUAAGCCCUUGCCAGUAAAACACAAGACAAAAUUCCAAAAGUUACAGCAAUCGUAUAGCUCCAUUACAGCAAAUCUAAAUUGUAGCAAAUUGUUUUUAGAGCUGAACAAAGCUUAGGAAAACAAUUACGGGAAUGAGGGGCUUUGCGAAUUGGAUUGUUAGUUUGGGCCUGGCUCUUUUAAUAUGGACCAUCUUUUACUACUCCCAAAUGACGGACAACGCCAAAGGGGGAACAGAGGAAAUGGACGAGGAGCUGCAGGAUCCAUUCUCGGAUAGUUGCAAGAACAGCUCCAUUGACGUAUACUUGCAUUUCUUUUGGAUUUUCGCUUGCAUCUACGCACUGUCCAAGUUUACGGAGUUGUCGGAGCGCUAUCUGAGCGCCAAGAUCGCAUCGAAGGAGCGCAGCUCGGAUAUGUGCACCCUGAACGAGGAGUGGGAGAAAACGCUCAAGCUAUACGAGCUGGAUAAGAAGCAAUUGGACGCUCAACUGCAGGCGCUGCGCGAGAAAAAUGGAGGCUUGGAGCAAUCGAUGCGAGAUCUGCGCGAUUGCAAUUUACAUUUGAUCAGCGAGAAUUUUAUGCGCACUGUGCUGCAGGAUCAACAGAUCCAGGGCCUGGCUCAGCGUGUUCAGGAUCAGCAGCCCUCCAACAUCUACAUAACCAAUCGCCAUAUUCAUUUGACCCGGCAGGUCUUUCUCAACGAGGGACAGAUUGACCUGGACCACCAGUUGCGUAAUGUGGGCGGGCAGGAACUCAAAAUGCCGCAGCAAUCGUUAAAUGUCUGGGUUCAGUACCUGAAGAUGCGUAAGUGCUACAUGGGACCCAUAGCCGAUCCCAAGCUAGUGCUAAAUAACGAUCCCGAGCAUAUGAUGCCCAUUGUCAUGACUACCGAGCAGCUGGCCAAAUUGCAGGGCAUGAUCUAACAUCUAGCGAUAGUUCUGUUUGUUUAUUGAUAUCCAGGACCGUGAAACAUGCAACAGCAAUGAAAAGAUGAUUUUUAUUUACCCACAAAAAAAGAAAUAUUCUUUGUUGCAAAUAUGUUAACCAUACCAAAAAAAGACUUUCUUAUAAAAGAGUAGCAUUGCGUACUACUGAAAAGAAAAAGUUAAUAGAAAUCUGUGUGAAAUGUUUCAACUCCUAAAAUGGGUAUUACGGAAGGUCUCACACACACUCGUAUGCAAAAAAUCAACAAGCGGCAGUUCGACAGACCAUAUACCUCCGACCAGGGGUUACAGAUUUAAUUGCAAACUAUAUAAUUGUUUACAAAUAUUUUGAAUGGUAUAUUAGUGCAUUAUGUAAUAUUUAUAGUAAUUACAUAAAUAAAAGACAUAAAAUUCGAGUUCAGUUUUUUUUCUGGUUCACUUCGUGGGCGCUUGUCGUAUUUGCCGUCUGUAAUCUGUAACUGCUCGGGUAUCACAACUUAAUACUGAAGCAAAUUACGUCGGAUGUUCUUAGCCAGUCUUUAAGAGUAAGUCUUGAUCUCUUAAAUAGUAUUUCUCCAAUUAAUUUAUCAAGCGAAACUGUCUAAUUUACGAUCGAAAGAAAUGUUAUUUUUACAUAUUUUCACAAUUUCUAAUUUACUGACUCCAAAAUGAACUAAUUUUCCGACUUUAUGAAACAGUUC